CUCACCAGAUGUGAAUGCAAACCUAUGUUCGGCAAAACAUGGGAUUGCAAUUUUCAUUGAUUGUCUGCGCAACCUACGGCGUAGACACUACGGUGAAGGUGUUUAGAAUUUUAUAUCCGGUUGUAAUAUACCUUUGACAGGGUUGUUGUUUACCGUUGUUUGCUUUGCAUAUCGAACGCACAAAAAUAUUCUGUCAUCUUGAACGAGGCGUUGUUUAAGAACAGUCUAAUUUUUAUUGUGUGCUAGACGAAAUCAUUUCUAUAUCCUGUGUGAUUAUGUUUGUGUGCGUGUUUAUAUAUUCGAAGGCAUAAUACUAGUGACAAGGUCCGAAAGUGAGGGUAGAACAAUUGUGAACGAUCCUCCUGGCAGCAUCCGUAGAAAUCUACAUUUUCUUCAUGUUCGCUGUACCUCACCUCAUGUCUAAAUCAGAUCGGAUCUUGCGACUCAAGGCUACUGAGAAGUACACGGUAGCGCUUCAGCUUAGGAAAUCCUUUGAGAAUGUCGCAGUCGGACCUAUCCGGGUCGGAGGCGGUAGCUGCACGAAUGCAGGACCGGAUGGAGAGACUUCGCGCUCUGCACAUGAGAAAGACUGAAGCUUCCAGACUUAAUCAUCAGGAGGUCAUUGAGGAGGACCGUCGAUCAAAGUUGCCCAAAAACUUUGAAGAGAAGCAGUAUUGGGCACAGUAUAAACUUGAUGAGGAGCAACGGGCUCAAGCAGCUACCGCAAGAGGAGGCGAUUAUGACAUUGAAAAGCUACGUAACAUUUCAGCUGAGGAUGCUGAUCGCAUGGAGCGAGCUAGGAAACGUAAACAAAACCACGACAAAGGAUUCUCGUCGUUUGAAGCUGCGACUGCUCGACAGUACCAUUCGCUUGUUGAUCAAAUUCGACCAGACAUGGAAGACUACGAGGCCAAAAAACAGAAAAUGGGAUCGAAUUUUUUCCCUACUUCGAAUACAGUUAUUCACGGAACCCAUCAGGAUUCACCGGAAGCUCUUGAGCGGUUGUCUAAAGUAACUCAUCAAGUAGUAGCAAAGAGGGAAAAAUUUUCAAGGAGACGUCGAUUCGAUCCUGACGCUGAUGUAGAUUUCAUCAACGAGAGGAACCAGCGAUUCAACAAGAAACUCGAACGAUUCUACAGUGAAUAUACGAAGGAGACGAAACUCAAUCUGGAAAGAGGCACUGCGCUCUAGUUCGUAGAAAUAAGUAAUUUCAUGUCACCUAUGUGAACGUGCUGGGUUACAUGAGGUUUGAUUCAAAGGAUUAUUUCUAUAUUUUUUAUAAUAAAUAUUAACGAAGAUCCGUGCGGCAUGUAUCUAAUUUGACUUUAGGCUACACGGCUAGUUUGACAAAUGGAGUAUGGUCCACGUCGUUCAUUCGACAAAGUUCGAUUGAAAACGUCAGCUUCAUCAAAAUUUAAUGAGCAUUCGUUGUCGUAACGAUGCCAAGAGCCCUUGUGUUAUAUAUAUCUGAAAAUGCCCUGUAUACAGUUAAAAAUAAAUGUACAGUAUGUCAUUGA